GCGCUGAUUGCCAUUUGAUGGCCUGAAAGGCUGCCCCAUCAACGGGAGCGAGCACAAAAAGUCCUUGAGACGAGCCCAGGGACUGCUCGACGCACGCACGCGAUCGCAGAAGCCAGGGCACAAGGCCCAAGGAGCCACACGAGCCACGAGCACAGCUGUAGUACCAGCAGACAAGCAGGACCAGCAGACCGUCAGAGCCGCAGACCAGGCAGGCCACCAUGUUCACGGACAACUUCUCCGUCACGAGUCCCGCGAGCCCCGGACAGCGGAAGAAGUAUCGACGGCGGCGCGGCCCGCCAUCACUGAAAUCCCUGGAAGCCUACGGUACGACCGCGCAUCACGGCAUGACGUCGCCCGAGCACGCGCUACAUCGAGGCCGCACGCCGUCGCUCGAAUCGAUGGACGACGACAUGUCGCACAUCACCUUCGAGACGGCGCCGUUCUAUGUCCCCGAUUCGACGCUGAGCCACGCGGAGCUCAAGUCGUGGCACACGUCCUUACAUAACGAGUCGGGCGGCGCGCGGUCCCUGGCGAUCUACGGCGAGUUACGGUUACGCGAGGCCCUCAUGUUGGACGGCGACGCCAAGCCGCACGCCGUCAUGGCGGCCGUCUCGGGAGAUUUAUUGCUGAAGCUCACGACGCUGUACCGACGCUUCGGGAAUUUCACGAGGUUGCUCACGGAGACGCAGCUACGAUGCGUCUUUGCCGAUUAUGAUCACAUAAUUGCCCCGGAAUUAAGCAGAGGCGUCACGCGGGCGACGCUGGGGCGAGCGACGCCUUGGUUCGAUGUGGCUUCUCAACUCAAAGCGCGAUUAGUCGCGUGCAAGGCGACGGCGUCCCGAAAUAGGGAGGUCGUCGAGCGGUGGCGACGGAAAUAUGAUCAGGUGGCGAAGAACCGGGCGUUGAGGGCGUGGCGGUUGCACGUGCGCCACGCGAAAGUUGUGAGAAGGCUCCGCCUCAAGCUUUACAUGAGAGCCUGGCUACUGGUAGCCAUCAAGAAUGCCAGAAGACGCCAGGCCUGCGCCGCGGUGUUGAAGGACGCGCUGCAGGGUGCUGUUGGACAAGAUAGGGUCGAGCUCGCCUGGGCGACGGUGGAACAGGAACCGAUGCGCACGGGGAAGGAGAACUUCACCUUGGGGUAUGAGACGGGCGUCGACGCGGUCGCGACGGACGCGGCGAUGGCUGAGAUCUGUGUGGAAAUCAACCAGUGAGUCAGGUUAUCAAUUAUUCGCGUCUCGCUAUCUCGGCACCGCGGCCCUGGUUUCGGCCCAAACUCGGACACGACCUCCGAGGGAUACACUCGACCGCGUAGAGCGAGCAGCAUCUCGCGCAGACCACGAGAGACCCCAUAUUGAAGGGCGCUUGAACUUGAUUUCCUCACAGGCCGAGAUGGUCGAGGAGGACUUUAACGUGUCGUUCGGGGACAUCGUGAGCGAGAAGAUCGAGGAAUUGCCGUCGCCCAAGCAAGAGGAAGGGGGGUUCCUGGACACGCUAGCGUCGCAGUUCGACGGAGACGGCGAGGUAGUAGCAGUGGCGUCGCCGGACGACGUGGUCGACAUCGUCCGGGGCUGGGGCCCGCCGCCGCCGCGGCUCGACGACGAGACUGAUGACCAGUACCAGGAGCGUCUCCGCAAAGGCGGCUACGUCUGCUGGCUGCCGGCCGAGGGCGAGUCGGACGAGCAAUGGCGGCGGAGGGUCGCGCUUGCGGCGCCUCUACAUGGAGAAACGGACGCGCAGUGGUUGCUGAGGAUGGUUCCCGACGUUGCGGACAAGGAGACGCAGACGCUCUUGCGAGGAGGAGACGACUCAGAGGAGGAGGACGACGAGGACGGGUUCGGACAGAGGCGCCGGAAACGACCUGUGUGGAAAUCAACCAGUGUGUCGGGUGCACCCGACAAUUCUUCACUAAGUCAUUUCUCGGCGAUGACGCGGCUGUCCUGGCUCGGUCGAGCGGCGAGGAACCGGCAUCGCCACGCCAUCGAGCAGGCGUCGCGUCGAUGGCGUGGAGGACGACGCGGCGAUUCAGCACGAACGCGCCGUAAAAUUUUGAUUUCCACACAGGAAACGACAUUCGCUCGACGCGCACGAGAAGAGGAGAAGGAGGCUCCACAAGCAGGCGCGCGCGCGGCGGGCGCGCGAGCACCACGAGCUCGGCCUAGCGCACCACCACGGACGCGGGCACGGGAAACACGCAGUGCGAGGUAUGCCCAUCCAGCAGGCCCUGCAGCUCAUCCCCGCAUUACUUGAAGAAGCAUUAAGAGCGGACGUGACCGCCUGUGUGGAAAUCAACCAGUGCGUCGGGUGCUCCGCCAUCGAGCAGGCGUCGCAUCGACGGCGUGGAGGUCGACGCGACGAAGGCGCCGUGAAAUUUUGAUUUCCACACAGGUGACCGCGGCGGUCCACGAGGCGCGCGCGCGCGGCGACGCGCUUGUCGCGUCGCUCGUCGCGGCGGCGGCCGCAGCCAAGCCCUUCCGCACGCUCGCGAUGACGGCCUGCGUGCGGCGCUUCGGCAUGCGGAACCUAGCCGUGAAGAAGCUGCGCGCGGUCGUCGCGACGUGCCGCGACGCGACCGCGCGGUCGCGGCACGCGCGGCUUGAGAUGUUCGCGGUGCUGCUGGGGUUGACGCCGGGCGACGGUCGAAGUCAUGCUCCGGAGCGAGACCCCGAGGCGCUCGAGGCAGCAGAUUUGAAGUGUUUGAAUUUAGUCGUGAGGCGGUACGUCGGUCUCGUGCACGCGCAGUCGAGCGGUACCGACGCGGCGCGCCAGGCGCCGGCCGAGCUGCGCAAGGCGCUGCUCGGGCGCAAUCGCUUCGACCUGCCGCUGCUGAUCGACGCGGCGAGGGACGCGAUCCUCACGCAUCUGGACGCGGACCUACUAACUCAGGCCGUCGCGGCGCUGGAGGCGCUCGGGACCGUCGAGCGGGGCGGCGACCCGGCCAGUCGCGCGCGGCGUGGGAGUCAGGUCACGCCAUCAAACAGAUUCAAUGAAGGGAGUGCCGUGAAGUUUGAUUUCCACGCAGGUGACGCGGACCCCGCCAGGGCCGACUGCGACGCGGCGCUCCUCGCGUGCGUGGCGUGGGGCCGGCGCGACCGCGCCCUCGCGGGCGAGGCCCGGGCGCGGCGGGACGCGGCCUGUUUACUGCAGACGCACUGGCGCCGGAAGGUGAUAAGAAGGAGGCGGCGCGCCGAGAGCCGGAAGAGGUGGGCCGCGAUCUUCGCGCAGCGCGACGCGGCGGCGACUCACGGCGCCGUCGAUUUGGAGGCCUUCCGGGAACUGCUCGCGGCGGCCCACUGCUCGACGGACGGCGUCGACGACCUGUUCGACGAGUUCUCCGUCGUUGCAGACGCGAUCGCGCGGGAUACGCACGACGAGCGCGUGACGCGGCAGAAGGAACUUUCUGCUGCCCUUGCCGUCCAGUCAGCGGUCCUUAGAAGCUCGUGGUUCACGAAGCGCACGGGAACUGAUCACGGUGCGCGGGCGGACCGGGCACGGGGCGCCCAGGCUGUUUGCUGCUGGUUCGGGAGCCUCGUGUCCGCCGACGCGGACGUGCUCGGCGAUUAUGAAUUGGAAGACGCGCAAGAGGCCAAACUGCACCUUAUGCUCGAGGGGGCGCGCGGCGAGGACGUGCACCUCGAGGCGUUCCUGCGCGUCGUUGCAGACGAUCACGGACUCGAAGUCGGGGCGAAGGCGCGCGAAGAGCCCAAGUCGCCCAUGCAAUCGCGAUUGAGGAAGAAGCGCCGCUCCCGUACUACUAGCCGGCCGAAAUCGGCCACCAAGCUCCGGCCAAAAUCGGCGACUCGAGGUCCUUAGUGACUAAGGGGUCCGAUCUGCGAGAUCGACUUGUGGCGCGGAUGACGUGGGCCAUGUAGUUGCGAGUAGACCAGUCUUAGUUAGUCAAGGGGGCGAGGGGCGGGGACAGGAUCACAGCACACGCCCGGAU